UGUCACUUACCAUAUAAUUCAACAUGGCAACUCGAUGGGGACUGUGUGGUGCAGGGAAGAUCAGCCAUGACUUCAGUGUGGCUAUGAAGACUCUGCCUCCUGGAGAUCACCAGAUAGCAGCCGUUGCAUCAAGGAGCUUGGAGCGAGCCAAGGAGUUUGCCAAGAAGCAUGGUAUUCCCAAAGCUUAUGGCAGCUAUGAGGAGCUGGCCAACGACCCGGAUAUUGACGCUGUACACCUGGGAGUGCUGCACACAGAGCAUUGGCGAGUUGGUCAGCUGCUCCUUGAGGCUGGGAAGAACGUGUUGUGUGAGAAGCCUUUUGCCAUGAAUGCAAGAGAGGUGAAAGACCUUGUCGCCUCAGCCAAGAAAAACAACGUCUUUCUGAUGGAGGCCAUCUGGUCCCGCUGUUUCCCCUUGCACGGUGAAGUGCGUAGACUUCUGGCAGAUGAGGCAGUAGGCGAGGUGAAGCUGGUAAAGGCCUACUUCGGCUCCCCUCAGCUACACAUCCCUCGUUCAGUGCAGAAGGAGCUGGGUGGUGGCGGGCUGCUGGAUAUCGGAGUGUACUGCUUGCAGUUUUUGCUGAUGGUGUUCAAAGGAGAAAGGCCAGAGACCAUCCAAGCCACAGGGGUUCUACUUGACUCAGGAGUGGAUGAGUCCAUGGUCGUGGUGAUGAAGUUCUCCAGGAACAGGAUUGCCUUCUGUGCCUUCUCAAUCUCUACACAACUUUCAAACGAUGCUGUCAUCAGCGGCACCAAGGGCUCCAUUAAAGUUGUUGGCCCUAUGCACUGCCCGACAACGCUUGUGGUGAACGGUAAGGAGACUGAGUAUCCUCUGCCUGAACCCUGCCUGCCUCUGAAUUUCACCAACAGCACCGGGCUUCGCUACGAGGCAGAGGAAGUGAGGCAGUGCCUGCUGAAAGGACUUAAGGAGAGCCCACGGAUGCCUCUGGCAGACUCUGUCUUACUGACAGAGAUCAUGGAUGAAAUCAGGAAGCAGGUGGGAGUUGCCUACAGCCAGGACAGCCAGUGACAUCACUCCAAAGCCGGUCUGUUUCACCUGACCUAAACCUACUCAGACAGAACGGAGGGAGCUGCUCCAGGCAGGCUUUGGAUCUUUGGUAUAAGAAGAUCACGCAAGGCAUUGAAUGAAAAAGCCUGAGCAGACCCCGCAUCACAGAGGCUGCAGAAUAUAAUAUAUGUUAUAUAAAGGUACAAUCAGCAAAUUAUUCCUAAUGUGAAUCUCAGGAACAUUUUUAUGUUUUCAUAAAUACCUCUUUGCUGUCUAAAGGCCAGUUAGAGCUUUUCUACCAUAGAGCGACCAUGUAAACACCUUGUUCGUUCGUGCAAUACAGUGCAUGUCAAACACUAUCAGAUUAAAAAAGAUUUGGUUGGAAACAUGUCUUAAACCAGAUAAAUCCUGAUGUAAACAGAUAGAGCAACUAUGUCAUGUGUAACCCUUUCUGUAAUCAAGUCCCGAGCCUUAAAAGAUAAACCCAGCUGUCACUGCAAGGUGUGUGAUUGAUGAAUCCAAUAAAGGACUGAUUGUGA